GCAAGAGAUAAAAAUGUUUCAAAAUAAAUUUUUUCUAUAAAAAUGUCAUAAAAUUGAUGAAAAUUCAAGAGGAAAUUAUAUUAAGCGGUAAAUUAUGGAACAGCCUAUACAAUCAGGAAGUGAUGACGAGCCUGAAAGUAACAAUGACCUCAAUGAACCAGUAAAUCAAUCACAGCAACAAGACGGACAGGAGAUAACAGGGUAUAACUCAUCUAGUGAAGCUGGUCAAUCACAGUCGAGUUUGGUUGGGAGUAAUAAUGAGCCAAGAUCGCGGUCAAGAUCGCCUAAGGAUUCAACAAAUCCAAAUUGGAAAAGUGCAAAUGCCUUUAUAAAUUAUAUGCAUGAUUACAAACAGAAACAUCUAGAAUAUCCGGAAAAAACGAGUGGAUCAAACCUUUUCCGACUUGCUGGUGAAAAAUGGAGAUUAAUGUCACAAGAAGAAAAACAACCUUACAUCGAAGGUGCAGCUUGGGUGCGAAAACAAAAAGCCUCAAACUCGCGGAAUGGAAAAGUUAAAACAACUGUAAGAUGGAAAAGAUCAGAAAAAGAUAAAAAAGAUGACUCUUCAUCGAGUAAUACCACGAAGAAUCAAGAUACAAAAAAGAAAGGUCGAAAACGAAAGAAACAACCAGGGAUCUAUGUACAAGUCACAGAUUCAGAUGAAGAAUCAAACUCUGAUGAGAACAAAUCUAGUGACGUUAGUUCAUAACUUCUCCAUUUUAUUAUAACCAGUUGUUAUAUGUUAAAAUUAACUUAAACUUAUAUAAAUAUAAAUUAAUAUCAUA